UCAUAUCGAUCUAUAAAUAGACGAGAAUGCUGCAGGUUGGGAAUUGUACCUAGCUAGCUACCUCCGGCCCCAAAUAGAAAUGGAGCGGAACCUGAAACCCAUCGAAACCAGAAAACAGAAAUCCGGCAUGGAAAAUAAUAAUAUGUCCAUAGCGGAGGAGCCAGUGAGCCCGUCGUCUCGUUUGCUUCAUGAGCCCGCAUUCAAUCUCCAUAUUCUGGCCAUCAUGGGUUUUAACUCUAAAAUUAACCCUCAUGUUUUCACGCACAAUAUGCCUCAUACUUUGCUCAAGCACCCUCGCUUCACCAGCUUGAUGGUUGUGGAUAAGGAAGAAAAUGGGAAAAUGAAAUGGGUUGAGACGGAGGUGGACUUGAGUCAACACAUUACGGUAGUAGAGGCACCGGAAGUGGAAGUUGAAGGUGAUGAGACUCAUCGCAAGAAUAAGAAGUUUGUGGAGGAUUAUGUUUACGAGCUGAGCAAAGAGAGAAUGGACAUGUCCCGACCUCUGUGGGACCUCCACAUUCUGAACCUCAAAACACGCGACGCCGAGGCCUUGGCGGUGCUGCGGAUGCACCAUGCUCUGGGCGACGGCGCCUCCAUCAAUUCCUUACUGCUUGCCUGCACCCGCCAAACUGCUAAUCCCAAAUUACUCCCUACCAUUUCCACCCGCUCCUCGUCCCCUCCUAAAACCCUAAAGCCAAAUAACCCUAAGCCUAAGCCUAAGAAUUUUUUUAAACUGGUUUGGAAUACAUUAGUGGACGUCUUCAUCUUCAUCGCUACUCUCUUCUUCCUAAAGGAUUCCCAAACCCCAAUCACGCCAUCUCCUGCUUCAGAAUCCAAACCCAAGCGAUUUGCUUACAGGAUUCUAUCUCUUAACGAUUUCUUUUCCAUCAAACUUGCUACAAACACGACCAUAAAUGACGUAGCGUUGGGAGUUACACAAGCUGCUCUUUCUAUGUAUCUCAACAGGAGAUAUGGUAAAAGAGAUAUAGGGUCAAUCGAAGGACAAAACAAUCUCCCCAAGAAUCUUCGACUUCGAUCAUGUCUAUUUUUCAAUCUUAGACCAGCAAAAGGAAUUCAGGCGUUAGCAGACAUGAUGAAGAAGGAGAAGGGAGAAAGCAAUUCGAUGUCGAAGUGGGGUUGGGGAAACCGUUUUGGUUAUGCAAUCCUACCCUUAAAAAUUGGAAUGCUGAAUGAUCCCUUGGAUUAUGUGAGAGAAGCCAAGGCAACCGCUGACCGCAAGAAAUACUCAUAUGAACCUAUUUUCACUUAUUACCUUGCCAAUUUCGUCAUUAAAUUUUUUGGCCCCAAGGCAGCCGCCAUUUUGACGAACAAAAUAUUCAGCAACGCAAGCACGUGCUUCUCCAACGUUGUUGGACCUCGAGAAGAUCUUGAGUUCUUUGGUCACCCCAUUGCCUUUAUAGCUCCUACUUGUUAUGGCCAGCCAAGUGCUCUGAUGGUUCACUUUCAAAGUUAUGUGGACAAGAUGGGUGUUAUUAUAUCCGUUGAUGAGAAUGUGAUUCCUGAUCCCAACCAGUUGCUGGAUGAUUUUGAGAAAUCCCUUCAUCUCAUUAAGGAUGCUGCUGCAGCUGCCGCCACAUCAUCACCAACCAAUUUAUAAUUAAGCCGCGCGCUAAGCUAUAUGUUGUAUUGAAGAUCAGAUCAGAUCAGAUGUCAAGUAAUAAUUAAAUUAAUAAGCUGCAUGAUGAAAUGCAUCAACGUACCUAGCUACUGUAUGUAUAAUAUGCUGUAUGUGUGAUUGUGUGCUAGCUUAAGUUUAAUUUUGUAAUAA